ACAACUCGACCCUUUUUGCCAACAUCACGCAUGCCAACUUGACUUGGGACAACUGGCAUGACUGGACCGGUGGUAGCCCCAGAAGUUGCUCAAGGGGGGUUAGCGGGGCGGACAGUUCUGGGGGUAGACCGAUGGGACAACUCGACCGUUUAUCAAGUCAUCUGUUAAGAAAACUGGACCUUUCAAGACAUGUACAUGACAGAGUUUAGGGCAUUUGACACAGAUUGCAGGUCAUGUCAUGCAUGUAUUUGGGCAAAUUUGCUAAAUGUCAAAUUGGGCCCUACUUACUUGUUGCGACUUGACUCGCCAGGCAUGGUGUGCAUAGGGACCUGAUGACGUAGCAUGCACUGGACUGGUGGACAGUGGGUCAGCCUUCCCAACAAGCAUGGCGCUGACGCAAUGAAUAAGCCGCUUCACAUAUGCUCUCCUCUCCUGGAGAGCUUACCCAUGGCCAAGCGAGCCGGCUGCAAAGUCUUCGUCAAGUGUGACAACACUCAACCGUCUUCUUCCUUCAAGAUAAGGGGUAUUGGGCACAGGAUACAGAAGGCAAUCCAAAAAGGAGGCAAACACAUCAUCUGUUCAUCAGGCGGUAAUGCAGGGUUUGCCACGGCCUACGCGGCCAGACAGCUGGGCAUGCCUGCCACCAUCGUUAUCCCUGAGAGCACUCCCACCUUUGUAGCAGACGGACUCAGAAACGAAGGAGCUAAUGUCAUCGUCCGUGGCAAAGUAUGGGAUAACGCCAAUGAGUAUGCUUUGAAGUUGGCAGAGGAGACAGACGGGUCAAUUGUAAUCCAUCCAUUUGAUCAUCCGGAUGUGUGGGAAGGGCACAGCUCCGUCAUCGCCGAGUGUGAACGAGAGAUUCCCUCCAAGCCAGAUGCCGUCAUCAUCUGCAUCGGGGGCGGUGGCUUGCUCUGUGGGGUGGUGCAAGGAAUGCAGAAAGCGGGCUGGCAGGAUGUCCCCAUCAUUGCCAUGGAAACGAGAGGCGCUGACAGCUACAACCAGGCAGUGAUGGCCGGAGAACUAGUGACGCUGCCGGACAUAACCAGCAAAGCUAAGUGUCUUGGGGCACUGACUGUUUGCAGAAGAAGUUUGGAGUGUUAUAAGGAACAUCCAAUUAUCUCUGUGGUAGUGGACGAUCGGGAUGCCGUCAAUGGAUGCCUGAAGUUCUUAGAUGAUCAGCGGAUGCUAGUGGAGCUGGCUUGUGGCGCCGCCCUGUCCUGCAUCUACAGCAAUGUCCUCACCGAUCUCCAAGACAGCGGGAAGCUACGGAAGGACCUGCAGUCCGUCCUGUUGAUUGUGUGCGGAGGGAGCAGCAUCUCGUUAGACAGACUUCUGGAGUAUAAGUCCUCAGUUGGGCUGUGAAAUAGCCUAAAUGUGUCUCAGAAACACAGACUGUGGUUGAAAUCUAUUAGUCAAAUUGAGCACACAGCGGGAUUGUUUAAUGUUUGUAUUUUGCAGUGGAAGGACAGAAUUUAUCCAUGAGUCAGCCAAAUUGAAAUUGAAAGUGAGGCUAACUGUUCAUUUUGGGAACUUUUGAGAAAGCACUGAAAUGACUUUUGAUGAUAAAUAUGCACCAGUCUACUCUGAUCAAUAACUGCAAAUUUGUGAUUGAAUAUACUCAAGUAUUUUGAGCCAAAGAUUGAAAACUGGAAUUGGAGGCUUGCAAAGAAUGCCACUCAUAAAAAUAGUCUGGUGCCAUCCCAUUUGUCAUCAACUAGCGUCAUUGGUUUACGGAUACCAAAACCCACCCGAUUGAUGGUACAAAUCAGCGAUAGGAUCACUGAUCUAGAUCCCUGUGAAACAAACAGGCCUGGUAUAAACCAGAUGCAGAACAGUGGAUCCAAAACGACCUCUUCGUGACCAAAGUAUAUAAUGCAUUGUAAUAUAAGGCAAGUCGAAUUUACGGAAUCUAUUUGUCAAGGAGCUGGAGGCAUUUUUUUUCAAAUUUGUUUGGAUUUACAAGAAUGCUUCUUCCAUGCAACAGAAUGGAAGGCAACUUAAAAUCACCUUCAAGUGGUUCGUUCAAGUGAUUAUCAUCAUGACUGACUGUGUGAUAUGAAGCUAAUUAUUAAAUUGUUUUUAAAUGGUUUCAUUUUAUUAACCGACCAAGUUUUAUCCUUGAAGGACUUUCAAAUGCAUUUGGUUUAUUGACAAUAUCCCAAGAUACUGAAACCAGUGCACUGCAGUGCUUAAAGUUAAAUCCUGUAUCCAAUAUAUUUUCAUACAUAUUCAAAUAUACAGGGUGUCCACAUAAAA